AAUCCCCUAAAAUGAAAGAUACAUAGCCACAAUGCAAUAAACAAAAGAAGGCGGCGACAGACUUAUCAUUUGAGAAAGACCUUCAAAGCAUCACUUUCCAAUCCCAAUCACACGGCCAAGACCCUUCCCUAUUUAACCCCCUCCAUCCCCUCUUCUCCUCUCCAUACACAUCAACUCAAACAAAUUCCAAAUUUUUUUCUUCUCUCCAUUCCUCUUUGUCCUUUCCAAUCUUUUCCACAUACAAAUCAGACCAUAGUUUCUUCAUUUGGGAAAUAAUUUCUUCAUCAUUCUUUUUCCAUUUCUAUCAGCCUUUCACUACCACUUGGCCAAACAAAAGCUUGUCUGCUCUCUUUAGUCCCUUUUACAUUAUCUUAAAAUACAAACAUACUCUUAUUAAUGUAUAACAGUACUUGUCUUAAUAUACCAACCAUGUUUCAAUCUUCUGGUCAGGAGGACUUCCUUUCUCGCAGAUGUAUAUGGGUGAAUGGACCUGUCAUAGUUGGGGCUGGUCCUUCUGGUCUAGCUGUUGGUGCCGGCCUUAAAGCACAAGGUGUUCCUUUCAUAAUCCUUGAAAGAGCAAACUGCAUUGCCUCUCUUUGGCAAAACCGAACUUAUGAUCGCCUCAAGCUUCACCUCCCUAAACAAUUCUGUCAACUACCUAAUUUUCCAUUCCCAGAGGACUUCCCUGAAUACCCCACCAAGUAUCAGUUCAUUACUUACCUUGAAUCCUAUGCAAAACAUUUUGAUAUAACACCGCAUUUCAAUGAGACUGUGCAAUCUGCUAAGUAUGAUGAAACUUUUGGCUUGUGGCGAGUCAAAACCAUUUCAACAAGCAGUUUUAUUCCCACUGAAGUCGAGUACAUUUGCCGAUGGCUUGUGGUUGCCACCGGCGAAAAUGCUGAGAAGGUGGUGCCAGAGUUUGAAGGUUUGCAACAAUUUGGUGGCAACAUUACGCAUGCUUGUGACUACAAAUCCGGUGAAAAUUAUCGUGGAAAGCGUGUACUAGUUGUUGGCUGUGGCAAUUCAGGCAUGGAAGUCUCUCUUGAUCUUUGCAAUCACAAUGCAAGCCCAUCAAUGGUGGUUCGAAGUUCGGUUCAUGUCUUGCCUAGAGAAAUUUUUGGAAAAUCAACAUUUGAGUUGGCAAUAGAAAUGAUGAAAUGGCUACCACUUUGGAUGGUUGAUAAGAUACUGCUACUUCUUGCCUGGCUAAUUCUGGGAAAUCUGAAAAAAUAUGGGCUGAAAAGACCAUGCAUAGGUCCUUUACAGCUCAAGAACUCUCAAGGAAAGACCCCAGUAUUGGAUAUUGGUGCAUUAGACAAAAUAAGAUCCGGUAAGAUCAAGGUUGUCCCUGGAAUCAAGAGGUUCUCUAAUGGCAGAGUGGAGCUUGUUAAUGGAGAAAAGCUUGAGAUCGAUUCUGUAAUUCUGGCAACUGGGUAUCGCAGCAAUGUUCCUUCAUGGCUGAGGGAGAAUGAAUUCUUUUCAGAAGAUGGGAUUCCCAAAAACCCAUUCCCAAAUGGGUGGAAAGGAAAGGCUGGGCUUUAUGCAGUUGGUUUCACAAGGAGAGGUCUAUCUGGUGCAUCUCUAGAUGCUAUUAGUGUAGCACUUGACAUUGCCAAUAGCUGGAAAGAAGAAACCAGGCAAAAAAAGAAAACUAUUGCUGCUCGCCAUAGGAGAUGCAUUUCACAUUUCUGAAGCCAAUAGAUUUUUAGCACUAAUAAAACAGGUUUUUUUUAAAAUUUUUUUAUUUUAAGUCUGUUUCAUUGGUUUUAUUCAGUGACUGAUCCAUCACUCUUUGCGGAAAUAAUGUAGAGAGAUGAAAAUUAACACACUAUACAGCAAGUAGCCCUCUCCAAAAGAAAACCCAAGAUUUGCAAAUAAUUGGGCCUUUUCUUAACAAAGGAAGAUGAGGCUUAAUACAGUGUGUAUGUAUGUAUGUAUGAAUGUUUUAAGAGCGUUUUUUUUUAAUUAAUUUUUUUUUUUUUUCUUUUGAAAAAUUUGUCCCUGAUUCAAAGGAAUAUUGUGUGACAAUUUAAAAAUCCUAGUCAAAUGGUCUACCCAGUAAUUAAUACAUCUGAUGGGCUAAAUCUCCAGGGUUGGUCCACCUAGGGCCCAAUAAAUAUUGUGGACCCCAGGUCCAUUAUCCCACAACAACACAAAUCUCUUCGUGGUGAUUCUGACUCUGAUUAGUUGUACAUAAAAGAUUUGAAGUUAUUACUAUUAUUGUUAUUAAUUUAUUUUUGAGAACAUCAGAAUAGGUUUAGAGCUCUUUUCAUGUUGCCAUGCACAUGGAUAGAGCCCACUAUGCGAGUGGGAGAGUCAUGAGUAAAUAAUUUCAGUUAUUUUUUUUUAAAUUACUGGUUAGAUAUGUUUUAUAGGAUUCACUAUUAAAUAAUUAUUAUUUCAUAAUAUCUAUUUGUGUGCAUGUGUUUAUAUUUUAUUGGCUUAUCAUUUCAUGUUAAACAGCCGACGUUUGUUUUUCAUAUUGAAAGAGAAUGGUUCUCAAACUCCUACAUAUACUUUAGUAGCUGCUUAUGAGACUUCCAGCUUUCCAAUCUGUUCCCACUCCCUAAACUGAUAUAACUUCAAACUUUAGCUCCAUUUGUCGUAAAUGAGACCAAACCAGGGAGAUGUGAGCUUGGGAUCGCUAGAAAGUAUCGAAUGAACUUGCUGGGAACUGUGUAAUGUAUGACUUAGAUGCUGUUCAAAGACAAAUGCACUGCCACCAGAACCACUAUCCUCUUUACAUGUAUAUUAUAUAUAAAAACAACCACAUCCACAUAAUUAAGCAUGCAUAGAAAGCCUACCACCCAUCACUACCACCCAGCCAUAUGCUGCCAAACUUUUGCUACUUAUGCAACUUUUCCCUUUUUCUCUGGUUCAGCAAGAAAUAGUCCCUCUCAAUAAACAUUUAUAAGUAAAACGCCUAACAAUUUUUUAACAAAAAAGAAAUGCGAGUGAAAGUGAAGUCAACCCAUAUGAGUGCC